GCUGCCUGCUGCCCCCGGGUCGCGGCCGCAGCCGCGGGCCGCACCUGUGAGAGCUGUGCCUCCCCCGACCUCGGCCCCCAAGUUCACUUUUAGCCUUCACAGUCCCGGUGGCCUUCGCACUGUGCUACCCCGGGUCACAAUGAAAGCUUUUUGAGGUCAAAAAUUCCACCAAAGAGUUCUGCACUUUGCUUUUUACUGAGAUGAGCACUGGAUUCUCUCAAACUGGACUGGAUUCAAACCCCACCUCUACCCUCUAUGAGUCUGUGACCUGAGGAACUACCUGCUUCAUAUAAAGUUCUUAAGAUGGCCUUAUAGAAACACAGCAUCUGACAGCAAUGGCCCAAGAGUUCUGAAAAUCUGAAGGCAGCAUCCAGAAAUGGUGACCCUUCUAACACCACUCUCAUUCUGAGACUCAGUGAUCUCAUCCCUGAAGAUAAGAAGAGGUGAGAAUGGCAAUGGUCUCUGCGAUGUCCUGGGUCCUGUAUCUGUGGAUAAGCGCUUGUGCGAUGCUGCUCUGCCACGGAUCCCUUCAGCACACUUUCCAGCAGCACCACCUGCACAGACCAGAAGGAGGGACAUGUGAAGUGAUAGCCGCACACAGAUGUUGUAAUAAGAACCGCAUUGAGGAGCGGUCACAAACAGUAAAGUGUUCCUGUCUACCUGGUAAAGUGGCCGGAACGACAAGAAACCGACCUUCCUGCGUCGAUGCCUCAGUUCUUAUAGGAUUUUGGUGGUGUGAGCUGUCUCCAUGUCUUGAGGGAGAAGAAUGCAAGACGCUUCCUGACAACUCCGGAUGGAUGUGCGCCACAGGCAAUAAAAUUAAGACCACGAGAAUUCAUCCAAGAACCUAACGGAAGCAUUUGUUAUAGUAGUAAAGGAAAACCACCUCUGCGGAAAAUACAUUUUAAGAAUUUAAAACAUCUUAUACAUUAGAAGCCAAAUGGAUUUCUUACUUGCACUUUGACUGGUUACCAGAUAAUCACAGUGCUUUCACUGUGUGUCACGAAGUAUCCUAUAGUGAGAAGACCUGGAGUUUUGGGCCACACCAUGGAAAGUGGGUUAAAGAAAAAAAAAGGGGGGGAGUUUCUCAAUGCAAAUUUUUGGGAUUAUGAAGAACAAUCAACUGUCUUCUAAUUUGGAUCUAUAGUUACUUUGUACCAUUUGAAAUAUAUGUAUAUAUAUAAUAUUUUGAAAUAUUAUAUAUUCUCUUCAAAAAACGAACAGUACCACAGUUUGAGGAGACUGGCGUACCUCUUUGAGUUUUGGACGUUUGGUUUUGUUUUCUUGUCCUUUGUUUUUCUAUCGGCAAGGAAAAGUAUGUGCCCUUUGGAGAGGUCAACGUGGCACUCAACGCUGGACGGCCGGCUGCAGGUGGACUCCUGGAAUCUGAGGCAUCAUAACGAUUCUGAAUCAGGAGCUUCCUUCUCUUUCUACCGGAUGGCCAAGGAAGCUCAGCAUCCUGUUUUAUUGCUUUCCACCCUGUGCAGUAUUAGCAUGCAAGCUUGGCUUACAUAACCACACUUUAUAUUCAACUGGUAUAUAAUAACCUUUCUAACCUCUUCCAGGAAAAUAUUUUUAGAACUACUAGCUUUUCCACAGAUAAGAAAAGUGAGGAUUCCUGAGGGCACUGCUCCACCAUGCUGUCAAGACUCUGGCCGAGUUACGGUAGAAUGUGGGUCCCUGUAUUCAGCUAUGUAAAUACAACGUGUUAAGGCUUUGCAUAGCCGUCCUAGACUGCAGAAAUGUCCUCUGAUUAAACCCAAAGUCUGACAUCAUUGAAGUACAUAGUGCUGUAGCAACAAGUCUUAUCAAUGCACCUCUUUCUAUAUUUGGUUUGUUUUUUUUUUUCCAAGAGUGUUCAGAUCUCUUCUGGUGAGAUGGGAAGACCGUUAAAGCACUGAGGUUCCAGAACAAUCUAUGUGACCAAAUGUUGGACAGGCCUAUUAAAGUGGUAAAUAACUUCUUUCUAAAUCUACUUGUCCUCUUUAUUUGCCCUUUAUUUCUCCUGUAUCAGCUCUAGCCAAAUUCAGAGAACACCCGCUUAGGGACACGUAGUCCGCCAGAAUUUUUUGCAGAGGUCACUGCUGCCAUCGUAACCAGUGUUUGCAACUCUAAUAAUUUGAAGACUAGAAAUCCAUUCCCACAAGUCCAGUGUCCUCAGCCAGCAAGAUGAAAUGUCAAAUCCUAUUAUUGGGCUUCCAUAGUGGUCACUUGGAUGAUGCAUAUUGCGCUCACCUCCCAAAAAAUACAUCCAUAGUCCAUCUUCUCUUUUUGAGAGUUACUCGGCUGAUGCUUAUGUUUCCUUCUAGUUAAGUUCUAGUUUACCUGGUAGAGGAUAAUAGCCCCAUACACUCCUGUUACUUUCCCUAUCGUAUUGCAGGUUUAUCUGUUUUUUCUCCAAAGCCUUUUCUUCAGAAUAGACAUUAUUAGGGGCUGUUACUGGAUCGGCAGCACAGUGGGUCCCCCAGUGGGGAUUUUUUAAGUUAAACUUCAGGUAAAAUCCAGAGGCUCCUUCAUCUCUCCCAGAAUACCCUUAAGUCUAAUUAACUGUAUAAACACUCCAACCAAGUAUAUUUAUUCUGCAUCUUGAAUGCCUGUAAAAGCAUCCAAAAGUGGAAAUGGAAUCCUCCUUGCAAAACCUGAGCCUCCCAGACACUUCCACAAAUAUUUGCCAGAAGGCAGCGUAGAAUUCAUACCAGCAAAUCAGAAUUCCUUGAAUUUCUGGCCCAUACCCAUGUACCAAGAAAUGUAUUAGAAACUGAUUUUCAUCUGUAAAUUUUGGAGUGAAAACUGAAAUCCUAAACCCAAAGAAUGAUCUAGGACAGUACAUCCCAAAAUGUGGAGGAAAAAAACUAUAUUCAAAUAUAUCGAGGAAAAGUUUUUCAACAAAAUAAAAUAGAAAUCCUCAAGAGCCUUUAAUUUACCAAAAAGACACUGUAUAUCUCGAGGAGAGACUAACCCAGAGGGAGCCAAGUAAAAAAUUUCCAGAAUCCAGGCAUGUUGGGUGGUUCCUUGACUAAUGAAGAACUCAUUGCCUGCCUAUUGGGAAGUUACCAGGAAUUAUUUCUGUCUGAGGAUAUCUUUACUGCAUUGUCAUGUCUUCAGUUUUUCAAGAGAACCAGAAAUCUGGAUUUUUCCAUAAAAUCUUCUAACAUUCUAAACUAAGAUUAACUAAAAUGAGAUUAUUUCCUUUGAAAACUCUGCAAGCCUCAUUAUUGGCCAAAAUGUCCUAACCACGUGGCCUUUUCUACAAGAUGAGUGCUUUCUGGAAUUUCCUUUGAAUAGUGUUAGUCCUGACUAAAAAUGCAAUGGGUAGAUAAAGGGAUAUUCUCUUCCUGUGGUCUCGAGCAUACAGACCAUUGCCAUGAUUCACAGUACGUGGGGCUCAGAGCUUUUUCUGUUCUGUGACUACAGCCUGUAUGUCAAUGAAGGAAUUGGUCUAGAGGUCCAGAUCUGUUAGUUCAUUUCCUGUUGGUCACUUAAUGUAAUAGCUUCCCUGGAAAGACCUGGAAGAAGAGAGAAGAGGGGAAAAAAAGACCACAUCAGAAUCAAACAACCAUCCAAUAAAGCAGGUGCAAAUAUUUGUCGAUGUCACCAAAUUCAAUUUGGAUUUAUCCAAGUCCUUUACCCAAAUGCGUGAACCCUCAACUUGUGUUUAAAUUUAACUUGCACCAGUUUGGGGAAUUUUCACUAGCUACCAUCUGCCUAUGGAAUCUGAUGGUUUAAAAACUGGUAUCACGUAUUUCUGGUUAAUAAAGAGCUCAGUGUGGUAUGACUAA